CUACUACAAACCCUCCAAUAUCUUCAUCAUCAUCAUCAACAACACUACUUUUCAACAUUCCCUAUAAAUCCACCCACACCACAUAAAUCCCCCCACCAUAUCAGAACACACACAACACACACUGCUAAGAUGCUGCAGCAGGACCACGACAAGAAGAUGAAGGUGAAGAAAGGGUGGCUGGCGGUGCAAGUCGGGCUGGAGGACGAAGAUGGCGGCUUCCAGCGAUUCUCCAUACCCAUCUCCUAUUUGUACCACCCUCUCUUUCAGCGCCUUCUCGACAAAGCCCGUGAAGUCUAUGGCUACCACGCCGAUGGCCCUCUCAUGCUCCCCUGCUCCGUCGAGGAUUUCCACCACCUACGGUGGCGGAUUGAAAAGGAGACCACCAGUCACGCCGGCGGCCACCACCAUCGCCACCAUCUUCCCGCCACUUUGUCGUUUCACUCUUGUUGAAAACUGGAGCUGGAGAGAGGCGAUUUCCAUUUUAUUAAAGUGAUUGCGCCUCUCCCCUCCUCUCCUCGGUGUCAUGUAGUUCGUGGAAAGAUGAUUUUUAGUGGAAAAUCAAUGUGAAAAAUUACAGGUUUAUUUUUUUUUAUAUAAAUUAUGAUUCAUUAUAUAUUUAAUAUAUUUAAUUAAAAAAUUAAUUUAAUAUUUUAAUACAGAUUAUUCACAUACAA